AACGCAAGUGCAUCUGAUUUGAGAAUGCGUAAAAUAUUAGUUGGUAUAAUCAGUCUACAAGUGCUGUUUGUUGCAUUGAAGUGCCAAACAUUACCAAAGGAUAUAAAGAAGUGUCGUUUUGGGGAUGCCAAAUGCAUUAUCGAGUCUAUGAAUGCCAUAAUAAAACAUUACAGAGGUAUACCCGGUAUUGGACUGAAGCCUAUAGAUAUUGUAGAUAUCAAAGAUUCGGAUAUUUGGAACAAUGCUGUGUUCGGUGGAUUUUGGUUUCAAUUCAAGUUAUCCAAUCAAGUGAAUUAUGGUUUCGAGAAUACGACGAUAACGCGCAUCAAAGGAUUCGGCAAAGAUCCCACUGCCAGCACAAUGGAGAUAUACGGCCAGAUACCCAGCCUGACACACAAGGGUGACUAUUUAGCCAAAGGACAGUUAUGGCUGAUUAACGUAAAUGCCAGUGGAGAAUCAACAUCAGAUUUUCAGAAUUUGCGAUUUAUCUUAAAACUCAAAGUCACACAGGAAUAUCGGAAUAAUAAGCGUUACUUAAAAAUCUACGAGCUGGUGCCGAGUAUUCAGAUUAGUCGAUGGAUUCUUUUGUUGGGUAACCUUUUUCCAGAGAACAUGGAUCUUGCAAUCCAUGUAAAUAAAUUGAUCAAUAGCAAUUGGUUGGCGUUCUGGAAUGAAUUGGAACCAGCGUUCUUAAAUGUUUUCAGAGGUGUUUUUACCGGUAUGCUUGAAGAUAUUUUUCAAAAAGUACCCUAUGAUGAUUUGUUCCUCAAGGAUGGAGAGACUGGAACAUAAAUUAAUAUAAACAUGUAUUGCAGCAGCUAUGUAAAGUGUAUGCAAUUUAAAAAUCCGGUUUUCCAUAUUGUUCGCAAAUGCUUACAUCCGCUGCUAAAUAAACUAUAUAUA